UGCAUUCCCACCGGGCCUGCAGGACGAGCUCCGCCGGGUGCAGGUCCCCAGGAUUCGCCAACCCGAGGGCGCGAGGCCGAGGCCAGCCCGCCGCCCACCGCCGCUCGGCCAUGAGCCCGCCGAGGCCCGCGCUGCCGCCGCCGCCGGCGCUGCUGCUGCUGCUGCUGCUCCUGGCCGCGGGCGCCCGGGCUCAAGACGAAGUGCUGGAAAAUGUCAGCCCAGGCUGCUCAAAAGAUGCAACUCGAUUCAAGCACUUCCGGAAGUACAUAUACAACUAUGAGGCUGAGAGUUCCAGUGGAGUCCCUGGGACUGCCGAUUCAAGAAGCGCCACCAAGAUCAACUGCAAGGUUGAGCUGGAGGUUCCACAGCUCUGCAGCUUCAUCAUGAAGACCAGCCAGUGCACCCUGAAGGAGGUAUAUGGCUUCAACCCUGAGGGCAAGGCCUUGCUGAAGAAGACCAAGAACUCUGAGGACUUUGCUGCUGCCAUGUCCAAGUAUGAGCUCAGGCUGGUCGUUCCGGAAGGGGAGCAAGUUUUCCUUUACCCAGAGGAAGAUGAACCUAAGCACAUCCUGAACAUCAAGAGGGGCAUCAUUUCUGCCCUCCUGGUUCCCCCGGAGACAGAAGAGGACAAUCAAGUUGUGUUUCUGGACACCGUGUAUGGAAACUGUUCCACUCACCUUACUGUCAAGUCAAGGAAGGGAAACGUGGCAACUGAAAUAACCACAGACAGAAAGCUGGAGCAGUGUGACCGCUUCAAGCCCAUCAGGACCGGAGUCAGCCCACUUGCGCUCAUCCAAGGCCUGACCCGCCCCUUGUCGACUCUGAUCAGCAGCAGCCAGACCUGCCAGUACACGCUGGACUCCAGGCGGAAGCACGUGUCGGAAGCCGUCUGCAAGGAGCAGCACCUGUUCCUGCCAUUCUCCUACAAGAAUAAGUAUGGGAUGAUUGCACACAUAACGCAGACCCUGAAACUCGAAGACAUGCCUAAGAUCAACAGCCGCUUCUUUGGUGAAGGUGCCAUGAAGGUUGGUCUCGCCUUUGAGAGCACCAAGUCCACAUCCCUGCCAAAGCAGGCUGAGGCUGUCUUGAAGACCUUCCAGGAACUGAAAAGACUGUCUGCUUCUGAGAAGAAUGCCCAGAGAGCUAACCUCUUCAAUAAACUGGUUACUGAGCUGAGAGGCCUCAGCAGUGAGGCUAUCACAUCCCUCCUGCCACAGCUGAUCGAGGUGUCCAGCCCCAUCACUUUGCAAGCCUUGGUUCAGUGUGGACAGACUCAGUGUUACACUCACAUCCUCCAGUGGCUCAAACGUACGCAUGCCAACCCCCUCCUGAUAGAUGUUGUAACCUACCUGGUGGCCCUGAUCCCAGAGCCCUCGGCACAGAGGCUGCAGGAGAUCUUCAUCAUGGCCAGGGAGCAGCGGAGCCGGGCCUCUCUAUAUGCACUGAGCCAUGUGGUCAAGAGCUAUCAUGGGACACACCCCACAGAGACUCGGGACCUGCUGGAUAUCGCUGAUUAUCUUUUGGAACAGAUUCAAAAUGACUGCACUGGGGAUGAAGAUUACACCAAUUUGAUUCUGCGGGUCAUUGGAAAUAUGGGCCAGAUCAUGGAUCAGCUAGCUCCAACACUCAAGUCUUCAGUCCUGAAAUGUAUCCAAAGUACAAAGCCAUCUGUGCUGAUUCAGAAAGCUGCCAUCCAGGCCCUACGGAAAAUGGAACUUAAAGAUGAGGAGCAGGGGGUCCUCCUUCAGACUUUCCUCGAUGGCACUUCUCCAGGAGAUAAGCGAUUGGCUGCCUAUCUCAUGCUAAUGAGGACUCCUUCCCAGUCAGACAUCAAUAAAAUCACCCAGCUUCUACCCCAGGAACAGGAUGAGCAAGUGAAGAACUUUGUGGCUUCCCACAUUGCCAACAUCUUGAACUCAGAGGAAUUGUAUAUCCAAGAUCUGAAAAUGUUAGUGAAAGAAGCUCUGAAAGAAUCUCAACUUCCAACUCUCAUGGACUUCAGAAGAUUUUCCCGGAACUAUCAGCUUUCCAAGUCUGUCUCUCUUCCAUCACUUGAUUCAGCCUCAGCCAAAAUUGAAGGGAAUCUUAUAUUUGAUCCAAAUAAUUACCUUCCUAAAGAAAGCAUGCUGAAAACCACGCUCACUGUCUUUGGAUUUGCUUCAGCUGACCUCUUUGAGAUUGGCUUGGAGGGAAAAGGCUUUGAACCAACACUGGAAGCUCUUUUUGGGAAGCAAGGAUUUUUCCCAGACAGUGUCAACAAAGCUUUGUACUGGGUUAAUGGCCAAGUUCCAGAUCAUGUCUCCAGGGUCUUAAUGGACCACUUUGGCUACACCAAAGAUGAUAAACGUGAGCAGGACAUGUUUAAUGGAUUUAUGCUCAAUGUGGAGAAGCUGAUUAGAGAUCUAAAAUCUAAAGGAGUCCCAGAAGCCAGAGCCUACCUCCGCAUCUUGGGAGAGGAGCUUGGCUUCGUCAGGCUGCGUGACCUGCAGUACCUGGGAGGGCUGCUGCUGACCAGCACUCGCACUCUGCAGGGGAUCCCUCAGAUGAUUGGUGAGGCCAUAAACAAGGGUUCAAAGAAUGACUUUUUUCUUCACUAUAUCUUCAUGGACAACGCUUUUGAGCUCCCCACCGGAGUUGGAUUACAGCUACAGAUGUCUUCAUCUGGAGUCAUCACUCCUGGAGCCAAGGCUGGAGUGAAAUUGGAAGUAGCCAAUAUGCAGGCAGAGCUGGUGGCAAAACCCUCUGUGUCUGUGGAGUUUGUAACACAUAUGGGCAUGAUCAUUCCAGACUUUGCUAGAAGCGGGGUCCAAAUGAACACCAACUUCUUCCAUGAGUCAGGCCUGGAAGCUCGUGUUCUCCUCAAAGCUGGGCAGCUGAAGUUUAUUGUUCCUUCUCCAAAGAGGCCAGUCAAGCUGUUCAGUGCCAGCAACACAUUGAAUUUGGUCUCUACCACCAAAACAGAAGCCAUCCCACCUUUAAUUGAGAACAGGCAGUCCUGGUCAGCUUGCAAGCCCUUCUUCACUGGUCUGAAUUACUGCACCUUGGUCGCUUACUCCAAUGCCAGCUCCACAGACUCUGCCUCCUACUAUCCACUGACAGGGGACACCAGACUGGAGCUGGAGCUGCAACCCACAGGAGAGGUGGAGCAGUACUCAGUCAGUGCGACCUAUGAGCUCCAGAGAGAGGACACAGCCUUGGUGGACACCCUGAAGUUUGCGACUCAGACAGAAGGAGUGAAGCAGACUGAGGCUACCAUGACAUUCAGAUACAAUCGGCAGACUGUGACUUUGUCCAGCCAAGUCCAAAUUCCAGAUUUCAAUGUUGACCUUGGGACGAUACUCAGAGUUAAUGAUGAGUCUGCUGAGGACAAAAUGUCUUACAAGCUCACAUUGGACAUUCAGAACAAGAAAAUUACUGAGGUCGCGCUCAUGGGCCAUGUAAGUUGUGACAAAAAGGAAGAAGGCAAAAUCAAAGGUGUUAUUUCCAUACCCCGUUUGCAAGCAGAAGCCAGAAGUGAGAUCCUCACCUACUGGUCCCCCAGUAAACUGCUCCUCCAGAUGGACUCAUCUGCUACAGCUUAUGGCUCAACUGUUUCCAAGAGGGUGGCAUGGCGUUAUGAUCAAGAGAAGAUUGAAUUUGAAUGGAACACAGGCACCAACGUGGAUACUAAAAAAGUGGCUUCCAAUUUCCCUAUUAAUCUCCCUGAUUAUCCCAGAAGCUUGCAUAUGUAUGCCAAUAGUCUCUUGGAUCACAGAGUUCUUCAAACCAACAUGACUUUCCGGCACAUGGGUUCCAAGUUAAUAGUUGCAACAAACGCAUGGCUUCAGAAGGCAUCCGAGAGUCUUCCUUAUGCCCAGACUUUGCAAGAUCACCUCAAUGGCCUAAAGGAGUUGAACCUCCAACAGAUGGGAGUGCCAGACCUCCACAUCCCAGAAAACCUCUUCUUAAAAAGUGAUGGUCGGGUCAAGUAUACUUUGAACAAGAACAGUAUGAAAAUUGAGAUUCCUUUGCCUUUUGGUGGCAAAUCCUCCAAAGACCUAAAUAUACUAGAGACCGUUAGGACACCAGCCCUCCAGUUCAAACCCAUGGGAUUCCACCUGCCAGCUCGAGAGUUCCAAGUUCCUGCUUUCACCAUUCCCAAGUCGUAUCAACUGCCAGUGCCACUCUUGGGUGUUCUAGACCUCUCCACAAAUGUCUACAGCAACUUGUACAACUGGUCUGCUUCCUACACUGGUGGCAACACCAGUAGAGAACACUUCAGGCUUCAGGCUCGGUACCAUGUGAAGGCAGACUCUGCGAUUGACCUCCUUUCCUACAAUGUGCAAGGAUCUGGAGAAACAACGUACGACCACAGGAAUGCGUUCACGCUAUCAAGUGAUGGGGCCCUGCACCACAAAUUUCUAGAUUCAAACAUCAAAUUCAGUCAUGUAGAAAAGGUUGGAAACAGCCCAGUCUCAAAAAGUUUACUGAUAUUUGAUGCGUCUAGUGCCUGGGGACCAGAGAUGUCUGCUUCAGUCCAUGUGGACUCAAAAAAGAAACAGCAUUUGUAUGUCAAGGAAGUCAAGGUCGAUGGGCAGUUCAGAGUCUCUUCAUUCCAUGCUAAAGGGACAUACGACCUGUCCUGUCAGAGGGAUCCUAUCACUGGCCAGUUAAGUGGAGAGUCCAAUCUGAGGUUUAACUCCUCCUAUCUCCAGGGCACCAACCAGAUGACAGGAAGAUAUGAAGACGGCACCCUCUCCCUUACCUCCACCUCUGACCUCCAAGGGGGCCUCAUUAAAAAUACUGCUUCUCUGAAGUAUGAGAACUAUGAGCUGACCCUGAAAUCUGACACCAAUGGGAAGUCAGAGAACUUUGCCACUUCUAACAAGAUGGACCUGACCCUCUCCAGGCAAAACGCACUGCUGCGUUCUGAGUAUCAGGCUGACUAUGGGUCACUGAGAUUCUUCACCCUGCUUUCUGGAUCGCUAAAUUCCCACAGUCUUGAAUUAAAUGCUGACAUCCUGGGCACUGACAAAAUUAACAGUGCUGCUCACAAGGCAACACUAAGGAUUGCCCAGGGUAAAGUGUCUACCAGUGCAACGACCAACUUGAAAUACAGUCCCCUGGUGCUGGAGAAUGAGCUGAAUGCAGAGCUGGGCCUGUCUGGGGCAUCCAUGAAAUUGACAGCGAAUGGCCGCUUCCGGGAAAACAGUGCAAAAUUCAGUCUAGAUGGAAAAGCCGCCCUCACAGAGGUGUCACUGGGAAGUGCUUAUCAGGCCAUGAUUUGGGGUGUUGACAGCAAAAACAUUUUCAUCUUCAAACUCAGCCCAGAAGGACUUAAGCUCUCAAAUGACCUGAUGAGCUCAUACGGUGAGAUGAGACUUGACCACACAAACAGUCUAAACAUCGCAGGCUUAUCACUGGACUUCUCUUCAAAACUGGACAACGUUUAUAGCUCUGAUGAGUACUAUAAGCAAAAUUUUAACUUACAGCUACAGCCCUAUUCUCUGGUAACUACUUUAAACAGUGACCUGAAAUACAGUGCUCUGGAUCUGACCAACACUGGGAAAGUGCGACUAGAACCUCUGAAGCUGAAUGUGGGUGGCAACCUAAAAGGAGCCUAUCAAAAUAAUGAAAUAAAACACAUUUACAGCAUUUCUUAUGCUGCCUUAUCCGCAACCUAUAAAGCAGACACGGUUGCUAAGGUUCAGGGUACAGAGUUUAGCCACCGGCUCAGCACAGACAUUGCGGGGCUGGCUUCAGCCAUUGACAUCAGUACUAACUAUAAUUCAGACUCACUGCAUUUCAGCAAUGUCUUCCACUCUGUAAUGGCCCCGUUUACCAUGGGCAUUGACACACAUACAAACUGCAAUGGGAAACUGGCUCUCUGGGGAGAACACACAGGGCAGCUGUAUAGCAAAUUCCUGUUGAAAGCAGAACCUCUGGCCCUUACUUUCUCUCAUGAUUACAAAGGAUCCACAAGUCACCAUCUCAAGUCUAGGAAAAGCAUCAAUAUGGCCCUGGAGCACAAAGUCAGUGCCCUGCUGACUCCAGCGGAGCAGACGGGAUCCUGGAAACUCAAGACUCAAUUUAACAACAAUGAAUACAGCCAGGACUUGGAGGCUUACAACACGAAAGACAAAAUCGGUGUGGAGCUCAGUGGACAUGCCCUGGCUGACCUGACUCUACUAGACUACCCAAUUAAAGUGCCACUUGUUCUCAGUGAGCCGGUCAAUGUCAUUGAUGCUUUGCAGAUGAAAGAUGCUGUUGACAAGCCCCAAGAAUUUACAUUUGUUGCUUUGGUAAAGUAUGAUAAAAACCAAGACGUCCACACCAUCAGCCUUCCAUUUUUUAAAACCCUGCCAGAAUAUUUUGAGAGGAAUCGAAAAAUGAUUAUAACUGCACUGGAAGUCGUACAGAAAGAACUGAAGCGUGUUAAUAUUGAUCAAUUUGUGGGGAAAUACAGAGCAGCUCUGGGCAAGCUCCCACAGCAAGUUAAUGAUUAUCUCAAUUCAUUGGAUUGGGAGAGACAAGUUUCAAAUGCCAACAAGAAGCUGACUGCUUUUACAAAAAAUUAUAGAAUUACAGAAAAUGAUCUACAAAUUGCAUUGGAUAAUGCCAAAAUCAGCUUUAAUGAAAAACUAUCUCAACUGCAGACAUAUGUGAUACAAUUUGAUCAGUAUAUUAAAGAUAAUUAUGACUUACAUGAUUUUAAAAUAACUGUUGCUAAGAUGAUUGAUCGAAUCAUUGAAAAAUUAAAAAGUCUUGAUGAACAUUAUCACAUCUGUGUAAGUUUAGUAAAAACCAUCCAUAAUCUAAACUCAUUUAUUGAAAAUAUUGAUUUCAAUACAAUUGGAAGUAGUACUGCAUCUUGGAUUCAAAAUGUGGAUACUAAGUAUCAAAUCAGAAUUCAGUUACAAGAAAAAUUGCAGCAACUGGAGGCACAUAUUCAGAAUACAGACCUCCAGCACUUUGCUGGGAAAUUAAAACAACAGGUUGAGGAUACUGACAUCACAGUGCUUUUAGAUCAAUUAAGAACUACCAUGACAUUUGCAAGAAUAAGUGAUAUUCUUGAGCAUAUCAAAUACUUUGUUUUAAGUCUUAUUGGAGAUUUUGACAUACGUGAGAAAAUCAAUGGUUUUAGAGCCACUGUCUACAACUUAAUUAACAUAUAUGGAAUAGACCAAAAAAUCCAGGGUUUAAUGGAUAAAUUAGUCCAGCUGGCCCACCAAUACAAGUUAAAAGAGACUGUUCAGAAGCUAAGCAAUGUCCUACAACAAAUUGAGAUAAAAGAUUACUUGGAGAAAUUGGUUGGGCUCAUUGAUGAGGCUGUCCAGAAGCUUGAUGCACUGUCUUUUAAAAAAUUCAUGGAAGAGGUAAACAGAGUCCUUGACAUGUUGAUAAAGAAAUUAAAGUCAUUUAAUUACCACCAGUUUGUAGAUGAAACCAAUAACAAAGUCCGGGAGGUGACUCAGAGAAUCAAUGGUAAAAUUCAGGCUCUGGAACUACCACAGAAAGCUGAAGCACUAAAACUAUUUGUAGAGGACUCCAAGACCCUGGCCUCAGAGUAUUUGGAGAGUUUAAAGGAUAUCAAAAUAUUCUCAAUCAGUGAUUGGUUACAGGUUGCUUUAGAUUUAGCACCUCUAGUUCACAUGAAAGCCAAAUUCCGAGAGACCCUAGAAGAUGUACGAGACAGAAUGUACCACAUGGACAUUCAGCAGGAACUUGAGCGGUACCUGUCUCUGGUAGGCCAGGUCUACAACACACUUGUCACCUACCUUUCUGACUGGUGGACUCUUGCUGCUAAGAACCUUACUGAAUUUGCAGAGCAGUAUUCCAUCCCAGAUUGGGCUGAGAGCGUGAAAGCAUUGGUAGAACAAGGGUUCACUGUCCCUGAAAUCCAGACUGUCUUUGGCAUCAUGCCCGCCUUUGACGUCAGUCUUCGGGCCCUUCAGGAAGCUACCUUCCAGACUCCUGACUUCGUAGUCCCCCUGACAGAUCUGAGGAUUCAGUCAGUUCAAAUAAACUUCAAAGAAUUGAAAGAUAUAAAAAUCCCGUCCAGGUUUGUCACACCAGAAUUUACCAUCCUCAGUACCUUUCAUAUUCCUUCCUUUACCAUUGACUUAGUAGAAAUAAAGGUAAGGAUCAUCAGAAUUAUUGACCAAAUGCUGAGCGGUGAGCUUCAGUGGCCGGUUCCAGAAGUAUAUCUGAGGGAUCUGAAGGUGGAAGACAGUCCUCUUGCUAGAAUCACCCUACCAGACUUCCAUUUACCAGAAAUCACAAUUCCAGAAUUCCUAAUCCCAAAUCUCAACCAUAGUGAUUUUCAAGUUCCUGACCUUCACAUACCAGAAUUCCAGCUUCCCCAUCUCUCACACACAAUCAAAGUACCUACUUUUGGCAAGCUAUAUACUGUUUUGAAAAUCCAGUCUCCCAUUUUCACAUUGGAUGCCAACGCUGACAUACAGAAUGCAACUGCUUCUUCAGAAAACAAAGCUGAUAUUGCAGCUUCCAUUGCUGCCAAAGGAGAAUCCAAAUUAGAAGUUCUCAAUUUUGAUUUUCAAGCAAAUGCACAACUCUCGAGGCCUAAGAUGAAUCCACUGGUUCUGAAGGAAUCCAUGACGUUCUCCAGCAAGUAUCUGAGAACAGAACAUAGGAGUGAAAUGCUGUUUUCUGAAAAUGCUAUUGAGGGAAAAUCAGACAUAGUGGCAAAUUUACACACAGAAAAGAAUAUGCUGGAGCUUAAUAAUGGUGUGGUUGUCAAGAUAAACAAUCAGCUUACGCUGGAUAGCAACACUAAGUACUUCCACAAAUUGAACAUCCCCAAACUAGACUUCUCUAGUCAGGCUGAUCUACGCAAUGAAAUCAAGACAUUGUUGAAAGCUGGACACGUGGCAUGGACUUCUUCUGGAACAGGAUCGUGGAAAUGGGCCUGCCCCCAGUUCUCAGAUGAGGGAACACAUGAAUCACAAAUUAACUUCACUGUGAAAGAACUCACCACUUCCUUUGGAUUAUCCAAUAAGAUCAAUAGCAAACACCUAAGAGUAAACCAAAACUUGGUUUUUGAAUCUGGAUUUCUCCACUUUUCUAAAUUUGAAAUCCAGUCACAAGUUGAAUCCCAGCAGGUGGGCCGCAGUAUUCUAACUGCUCAAGGAAAAGCAUUGUUCAGGGAAGGGAAGGCAGAGGUAACCGGUAACCACGAUGCUCAUUUAAAUGGAAAAGUCAUUGGAACUUUGAAAAAUUCUCUUUCCAUUUCAGCCCAUUCAUUUGAGAUUGCUGCAACCGCAAACAAUGAAGGGAAUUUGAAAGUCAGUUUUCCAUUAAAGUUGACUGGGAAGAUAGACUUCUUGAAUAACUAUGCACUGUUUCUGAGUUCUAGUGUCCAGCAAGCAAGUUGGCAAGCAAGUGCCAGGUUCAAUCAGUAUAAGUACAAUCAAAACUUCUCUGCUGGAAACAACAAGAACAUCAUCGAGGCCCAUGUAGGAAUAAAUGGAGACGCUAACCUGGAUUUCUUAAACAUUCCUUUAACAAUUCCAGAAAUGACAUUACCUUACACAACAAUCACAACUCCACUACUGAAAGAUUUCUCCUUAUGGGAAAAAACAGGCUUGAAGGAACUCUUGAAAACAACCAAGCAAUCAUUUGAUUUAAGUGCAAAGGCUCAGUAUAAGAAAAACAAAGACCAGCAUUCCAUUGCAAAUCCCUUGUGUGUGUUUUAUGAAUUUGUCCAUCAGAACAUGAAUUCCAUUGACAGUCAUUUUGAGAAAGCCAGGGACAAUGCAUUCAGUUUUCUCACCAAAUCCUAUCAAGAAGCAAAACUUAAGUUUGAUAAAUACAAAGCUGAAGAAUCUUCCAACAACCUACCCAUGACCUUUCAAAUUCCUGGAUACACUAUUCCAGUUAUCAAUAUUGAAGUGUCUCCAUUCAUAGUAGAGAUGCUGACAUUUGGCUAUGUGAUUCCAAAAGCAAUCAGCACCCCUAAUUUUACCCUCCCGAGUUCUGACCUCCAUGUGCCUUCAAACACAUUAGUCCUUCCAUCCCUGGAGCUGCCAGUCCUUCAUGUCCCUAAGCAUCUUCUCAAGAUUUCUCUUCCAGAUUUUAAGGAAUUGUGCAGCGUAAGCAAUAUUUUUAUUCCAGCCAUGGGCAAUAUUACCUAUGAUUUCUCCUUUAAAUCAACUGUCAUCACACUGAACACCAAUGCUGGACUUUACAAUCAAUCCGAUAUUGUUGCUCAUCUCCUUUCUUCCUCUUCAUCUGUCAUUGAUGCUCUGCAGUACAAAUUAGAGGGCACCUCAAGUUUGACAAGAAAACGAGGGUUGAAGUUAGCCAUGGCUCUGUCUCUGAGUAACAAAUACGUGGAAGGCAAUCAUGACAGUACCAUUAGCUUAACCAAGAAAAACAUGGAAGCAUCAGUAACAACAACUGCAAAAGCCCAAAUUCCAAUUUUGAGAAUGAAUUUCACACAAGUACUUAAUGGAAAUACCAAGUCAAAACCUACUGUCUCUUCCUCCAUUGAGUUAAAGUAUGAUUUCAAUUCCCCAAAGCUGUACUCUACAGCUAAGGGAGCAGUUGACCACAAGUUUAGCUUGGAAAGCCUCACCUCUUACUUUUCCAUAGAGUCAUCUACCAUAGGAGAUGUCAAGGGUUCAGUCCUUUCACGGGAAUAUUCAGGAACUAUUGCCAGUGAGACCAGCACUUACUUGAAUUCCAAGGGCACACGGUCUUUAGUAAAGUUGCAAGGGGCUUCCAAAGUUGAUGAUAUCUGGAAAUUGGAAGUAAAAGAAAAUUUUGCUGGUGAAGCCACUCUCCAACGCAUAUAUGCCAUCUGGGAGCACAAUACAAAAAACCACAUACAGCUAGAGGGCCUCUAUUCCACAGAUGGAGAACAUACAAGCAAGGCUACCCUGGAACUUUCCCCAUGGAAAAUGUCAGCCCUUGUUCAGGUCCAUGCAAGUCAGCCCAAUUCCCUCCUUAACAUCCCUUACCUUAGCCAAGAAGUGUCCCUGAAUGCCAACACUAAGAACCAGAAGGUCAGCUGGAAAAGUGAGGUCCAGAUUCAUUCUGGGUCUCUCCAGAACUAUGUAGAGCUUUCCAAUGACCAAGAAAAGGCACACCUUGAUAUUACAGGAUCCUUAGAAGGACAUCUAAGUUUCCUGAAAUAUAUCAUGCUACCAAUUUAUGAAAAGAGCUUAUGGGACAUUCUAAAGCUGGAUGUAACAACCAGCACUAGCAGGAGACAGUAUCUUCGUGCUUCAACUGACCUUGUGUACACCAAAAACCCCAAUGGCUAUCCUUUCUCAGUCCCUGUAAAAGUUUUGGAUAAUGAAUUCAUUGUCCCUGGGCUGAAACUAAACGAUCUAAAUUCAGUUCUUGUCACACCUACGUUCCAAGUCCCAUUUACAGACCUUCAGGUUCCAUCCUACAAACUUGACUUCAGUGAAAUAAAAAUCUAUAAGAAGCUGAGAACUUCGCCAUUUGCCCUCAACCUACCAACACUACCCAAAGUAAAAUUCCCUGAAGUAGAUGUGUUAACAAAAUAUUCUCAACCAGAAGAUUCCUCAGUUCCUUUUUUUGACAUAACUGUGCCUGAAUUUCAGUUAACUGUGUCCCCAUUCACCCUUCCAAAAAGUAUUUCAGUUGGCAAUGCUGUUUUGGAUCUAAAUGAGGUGGCCAACAAGAUUGCAGACUUUGAGUUGCCUACCAUCAUCGUGCCUGAGCAGACUAUUGAGAUUCCUUCCUUUAAGUUCUCUGUACCUACAGGAAUUUUCAUUCCUUCCUUUGGAGCACUAACUGCACACUUUGGGGUGGCCUCUCCCUUAUAUAAUGCUACUUGGAGCACUGGUUUGAAAAACAAAGCUGAUCAUGUUGAAACAUUCCUGGAAUCCACAUGUAGCUCCACCAUACAGUUCUUGGAAUAUGACCUAAAUGUUGUGGGAACACACAAACUUGAAAAUGGUUCAUUAGUCCGUAAGACCAAAGGAACAUUUGCACACCGUGACUUCAGUGCAAAAUACGAAGAAAAUGGCAAAUAUAAAGGACUUGAGAGCUGGGAAGAAGAUGCUCGCCUUGACAUCACCAGCCCAGCAUUCACUGAUCUCCAUCUGCACUACCAACAAGAUGAGAAUUCCUUCUCCUCCUCAGCGUCCUCCCCAGCCAUAGGCACUGUGGACAUGAACUUGGAGGAAGAUGAUGAAUUUUUAAAGUGGAACUUGUACUACCGCCCUCAGUCCUCUCCAGAUAAAAAAUUCACCAUAUUCAAAACUGAGUUCAGGGACCAGGAAUCUGAUGAGGAUUUUCAGAUCAAAGUUAAUUGGGAAGAAGAGGCAGCUUCUAGAUUGCUAACCUCUCUGAAGGACAAUGUGCCCAAGGCCACAGAGGCCCUUUAUGACUAUGUUGACAAGUACCACCGGGAGCACACAGGACUCACCCUGAGAGAUGCUUCUUCAAAAGUAAGGAGAAGUCUGCAAAACAAUGCUGACUGGGCCUAUCAAGGGGCCGUGAGGCAAAUUGAUAUGAUAGACAUGCAGCUCCGGAGAGAAGCCAGUAACACUAUUGGAAGCUACCAGGAAUGGAAGGGAAAGGCCCAGACUUUGUACCAGGAAUUGUUGGGUCAAGAGGACCGAGACAAUUUCCAGAGACUCAAGGAUAAGGUGUUUGACAGUUUAGUACAAAUUACUCAAAAAUACCGUGUGACAGUCCAAUAUCUGAUUGACUCAUUCAUUCAUUUCCUAAAGUCCAGCAGAUUCCAGCUCCCAGGGAAACCCGAGAUGUACACUAGAGAUGAACUCUUCACUAUGGCCAUGAGGGAAGUAGUGGCGGUACUGUCCCAGGUACAUGCAAAUAUCUAUAAUGGGUUAGAAGUGUUGUUUGUCUAUUUUCAAGACCUAGUGGAGAAUUCUGAAUUAAUCAAAGACCUAGAGAUUAUAUGUCCUUUUGAUUCAAAGAGCUAUAAACUAACAGAUAUAAUCCUGAGGUGUAGAGAAUUGUUAAAAUCUUUAUCACAAGAAGUCCAAAAGCUAUUUAAUGACCUCCAGUCUGUCAAGAUCACAGAAAUGCUAGUUAAUCUUCACGAUAUUUUACAAAAAGUUUUCCAAGAAGUAGAAAGAGAAAUCAAACGCUUAAAGAGGAAGAAAUUUACUGAUCUCACUAAUGAUAUUCAACACGACAUCAACAGAGUCUUCAACAAACAUAUUCCAUAUGUUUUUGCAUCCCUGAAAAAAAGCCUAUACUUUAACCUUAGUAAGUUCAAUGAACUUGUUCAAAACAAACUUCAGGAAGCGUCUCAGGAGUUACAGCAGAUCCAGAAGCAUAUAAAGGCUCUUCGUGAAGAAUAUUUGGAUCCAAGUGUAGUCGGCUGGACAGUGAAAUAUUAUGAACUUGAAGAAAAGAUAGUUAACCUGAUCAAGAACCUAGUACUUGCUCUCAAGGAUUUCCAUUCCAAAUACACCAUUGGUGCUGCUGAUUUCAUUUCCCAGCUGUCAAGUCGAGUUGAGCAAUGUAUGUAUGGAGAGAUCCAGGAAUAUCUUAGCAUCCUUACUGAUACAGAUGGAAAAGGGAAAGAGAAGAUUGCAGAGCUUUCUGCUACUGCUCAGGAAAUAAUUAAAAGCCGGGCUAUUACCAUGAAGAAAAUCAUUUUUGAUUACUACCAGCAGUUUAGAUAUAAACUGCAGGAUUUUUCAGACCAACUUUGUGAUUACUAUGAAAAAUUCAUUGCUGAGUCCAAAAGAUUGAUUGACCUGUCCAUUCAAAACUACCACAUGUUUCUAAGAUACAUCACUGAGUUACUGAAAAAGCUGCAAUCAACCACAGCCAUGAGCCCCUACGUGAAGUUUGCACCAGGAGAACUUAUUAUCACCAUCUAAUUUUUUAAAAGCAAUCCCCACUUAUUCUUCUGUUCACAUUAAACCUUCAUAGGGCAAGGAAAAUAUUUCAAGCUGUAUAUAUUGAUAAAACCGUAUUUUGAGCCCGCCCUGUGACAGGCAGCUGGCCACCAGCAGAAGCACAUCUGAACUGAACCUGCACUCAAGCUGGCAUAGGGGCUCGGGCAGUCUGUGCACUCAGGGGGGAUGAUACUUUCUGUAAGUUAAAGAAAAUCAGGCUCUUAGUUAUUUUGCUAAACUUGUGGGGAGGGGAAACAAAUAAAUGGAGUCUUUAUUGUA